AUGACGAAACCGAAAGCCAAGAAGCCCGAGAAUCUCGGCAAGGGCACCGUCACUCCCGUUCAGAUCGCCUUCCUCGUCGACCAGUACCUCUCCGAUAACUCCUACUCCGAGUCCCGCUCCGUCUUCCGCACCGAAGCCUCAACCCUCUUCUCCAAGUCCCCAAUCCGCGAGGCGCCGAAGAGCUUGCUGAGUCUGUCGGAGAUUUUGAACGAGUACAUAGAGUUGAAGGAGCAGAAGGUGUUGCUGGACCAUGAGAAGGCGAGGGUGGAGCAGGAGAAGACCAGGCUUGAGACGCUUUUGAAUGGGCUGCAGAAUUCGAUGAACAUUUAUAAUGCCGGUGGAAACCCCCAAAUUAAUAAAGCUAACGACGCCGUGGUGCCGAAACAGAUGCUUAUGGCUCCUCAUCCUUGGAUGAUUAGUGGGUCUUCGUUUUCUAAAGCAUUUUCUAUGCAUCAAACAGCAGUUGUUCAUCCAGUAGUCACACCUACCAACACCAACAUGGGGCCUGCAUAUCUCUACUCACCGAUUAUAAGUAACCCGCCUGCAACCAAGAGAAAGGGUUUCAUAGUUGGUGCCAAUCCCCCUCCUGCUGCUAAGAGGUCUCGCAGCAAAGCAUCUGCCAGUAAGAUUCCAAAAAAAGGUGAAGCAACACUUAAAGCAUCAGGUGGUUCACCUAAUAACCAAGGAAGUGCCCCGCCCACUUCAGCUGUUCAAUCAUCACUACAGAACUGUGCUCCCAGUGGCUCCUUGGUUCAAGGAUCCACUGUGGCCAAAUGCUUGUUCACCCAGCCUUCAUCUUCCAAUACCACGGUUACCACCAAUUCUUCUGUUCCUCAAACACCUCCACGAGCUAUUUCCUCUCAAAGUGAUAAAUCUGUGUCUCCUGUUGAGAAUUCUUCAAUUUCUGCCAACAGUGAUAACAAUUCUCCUCCUGAAAUCAGUGCUAAUUGCUGCACUAUAUUUUCCUCCAAGAGAGUGACACUGACCCCUAGCAAAGCUUGCUACACUGUGGAAACAAACCAUUGCAUUUCUUCCUCACCUGCCAAGACAAACUCAAGGAUGUCGAGUAGGAGGGAACAUGUAAAAGGGAGACUAAACUUUGAUUCUUCUGAUGUGCCAAUGGGUUUGGACAAACCAGUUACCGAUGAGAUUUCAGCUGACAAACCAAUCAUUGAAGAUAUAUCAACUCACAAACCAACUGGGGAUGAAGUUUCGACAUCUGAUUCUGAAAAGGAAGCUGACAUUUUUGACAUGGAUAUGCCCAACUUUGAAGCCCUGGGGGUGGAUUUCAACUUCACUGAAAUGUUAGGUGAACUAGAUCUUGAUUAUGGAGAACUUGGUUUCACUUGUCAACCAUCUUCGAGUGCUUUCAUGGGAAAUGUUUCAGGGUCAUCUCAUAUGGAUGGUAAUGAGGGGGCCAAUCAAGUUAUGUCAGAAUUUUCAUCAACCGUGACAGAAUUAAUAUCAGAGAAGGGCACUAGUGCUCAAGGACCUGAUUCUAUGACAACAAUGAAGUCUGUAACAAAAUGCAUCAGAAUUAUAAGCCCAGUGAAAAAGCGAGGAAGCUCUGUGGAUCAGGAGAACUGUACUGAGAUAAACUGA